GCAGAGUGGCGUGCGGGGUGAGGCUAGCGUCGCUAGGCCUUGCCGGCGAGUGGCGGUGAGGGGGCCCGGGGCAAGGGCGGCGGGCGGAACCCCUGGGCCCGGCGCGGCGGGGCGACCGGAAGAUGGCAGAAUCUCCAUAGUAUAUCUAGUAUGAGUGCCACAUCUGCAUCUCUCAUCCAACUUCAGCAGUUUCAGCUCCACUGACUAAAGAAUAAAUAGAAUUUGUGUGAAUUCCUAACUCUCUGAAUUGAAAUAUAGACUGCGGUAUUAAUAUCCUUUUCUUCUUUUUUGUUAACAGUUCCUCAGAAAAUUAAAUGUCGUCAGAGGACCGAGAAGCUCAGGAGGAUGAAUUGCUGGCCUUGGCGAGUAUUUAUGAUGGAGAUGAAUUUAGAAAAGCAGAGUCUGUCCAAGGUGGAGAAACCAGGAUUUAUUUGGAUUUGCCACAAAAUUUCAAGAUAUUUGUGAGCGGGAAUUCAAAUGAGUGUCUCCAGAAUAGUGGCUUUGAAUACACCAUUUGCUUUCUGCCUCCACUUGUGCUGAACUUUGAGCUGCCACCAGAUUAUCCAUCCUCCUCCCCACCUUCCUUCACACUCAGUGGCAAAUGGCUGUCACCAACUCAGCUGUCUGCUCUGUGCAAACACUUGGACAAUCUGUGGGAAGAACACCGUGGCAGCGUGGUCCUGUUUGCCUGGAUGCAGUUUCUUAAGGAAGAGACCCUAGCGUACCUGAAUAUUGUCUCUCCUUUUGAGCUCAAGAUGGGUUCUCAAGGAAAAGUGCAGAGAAGGGCAGCGCAAGCCUUACCCAACACGGAGCUAGAUUUUAGAGGAGCUGCUGUAUCUGAUGUAGACCAAGAGGAAGUUGUGGAUGAGAGAGCCGUGCAGGAUGUGGAAUCAUUGUCAAGUCUGAUCCAGGAAAUCUUGGACUUUGAUCAGGCUCAGCAGAAAAAAUGCUUUAACAGUAAAUUGUUCCUGUGCAAUAUCUGUUUCUGUGACAAGCUGGGUAGUGAAUGCAUGUACUUCUUGGAGUGCAGGCAUGUGUACUGCAAAGCCUGUCUGAAGGACUACUUUGAAAUCCAGAUCAGAGACGGCCAAGUUCAGUGCCUCAACUGCCCAGAACCAAAGUGCCCUUCGGUGGCCACCCCUGGUCAGGUCAAAGAGCUAGUAGAAGCAGAGUUAUUUGCCCGUUAUGACCGCCUUCUCCUCCAGUCCACCUUGGACCUGAUGGCAGAUGUGGUCUACUGCCCCCGCCCAUGCUGCCAGCUGCCUGUAAUGCAGGAGCCUGGCUGCACCAUGGGCAUCUGCUCCAGCUGCAAUUUUGCCUUCUGUACCUUGUGCAGAUUGACCUACCAUGGGGUCUCUCCCUGUAAGGUGACAGCAGAGAAGUUAAUGGACUUACGAAAUGAGUACCUGCAAGCAGAUGAGGCCAAUAAAAGAUUUUUGGAACAGAGAUACGGUAAGAGGGUGAUUCAGAAGGCACUGGAAGAGGUGGAAAGUACGGAGUGGCUAGAAAAGAACUCAAAGAGCUGCCCGUGCUGUGGAACUCCCAUAGAGAAAUUAGAUGGGUGUAACAAGAUGACAUGUACUGGAUGCAUGCAGUAUUUCUGCUGGAUUUGCAUGGGUUCUCUCUCUAGAGCAAACCCUUAUAAACAUUUUAAUGAUCCUGCUUCCCCGUGUUUUAACCGGUUGUUCCAUGCUGUGGAUGUUAAUGGAGACAUUUGGGAAAAUGAGAUUGAAGACUAGUUAACUCCUAUUGUUCAAGAUAUGGAAGUGGAAUGGUUUUCCCUAAUCUUUUGUUCACUACACAGAGUUACCUUGCAGGAUAUUUAGGGUACCAUUCAUUCAAUCUUCCUAUGUAGAAGAUAUGGAAAAACAAAGUUUAUAUUUUCAUUUGAUACUACUGAUUAAGGCAUAUUUUUAUAUUUCUCAGUAUAACAUAAAUUGAGAAAAUUAUAAGCCAAAGGUUUAGAAAAUGAAAACUAGAGAAUAUUAAAUGUUACAAUGUAUCCCAACUCUGCAUAGUUAAAAAUUAAAUAUUUUCUUCCCCAAGCUAUAGAUAAGAAGAGGGGUCACAGGUUUAACUUACAGACCUUUUUAUCUCUGAGAAGGAUCCCUCUAAGGCACUCCUGUUGGGGCGCCCUCAGGACUACUACUUAACAACUGGGGUGGGUAAAAGCCUUGUUAAAAUUGUACUGAGAUUGUAACCUUUUACAAGCCUGAUCUCAUUGCUUCCAUGUUAUUCACAUUCCUUCCAACCUAAAUUUCUUCUGAGUGAGUUGUCCUUGGAGGAAACACUUUAUAAUUGAUUAGAUGGCCCAGUGUCAUUUUGCUCUUCUGCUUUUCGGAAUAGAGAUGUAUAUAGAUAAUUUAAAAAAUAUGUUUUAAUACCACAAACACCGUGGGUCACCUGAUAUUUAUUAGUGGUGUAUAGUCCACUGGUUCUGAACCAACUCUAGAAGAAGUUCAGCCCUUUUCAACUUUCCUGGGCAAUAGAUCCUAGAUUCAGAAUGACUUGUCUUUGCUACCUUUUGUUGCACAUUAUCCCUUUACUCCCACCCACCAUCAGUUGGUAAGGACAAUUUUAAUAACUCCAGCAGCUCAUGUUUUUAUUUCCUCUGCUGGAAUAGGAGAAAGCCCAACAUAUUCCCAAGCUGGACAAGCUGAGCUUCACUGUCCACACCACUGUAGUUCAGGAUUCUUUUUCUUUUUUAAGAUAUUCUCUAAUGAGCUAUGGGAAUUUAACUUCCUACCCUUUUUUUUGGUAACAGCAGUGUUUUGGGGCAUAAUUUUGGCUUGAUACCUAGAUACCAAGAUACCUGGUUUUUUGUUGGCUUUUUGAAAAAUUGUCUUUCCUUAUGGUUUGGUGAGUGGCUUGGUAGCAAAAUAAAAUUUUUUGGAAAAGAUGACAGGAAUUCAGCUGCAGUUUGUGAACAUGUUCUUUUUUCCUACCUUGUCAUUGAAAUUGGGGAAAUACUUUUAAUCAUUUUGUGAGUGUGCGCUGGUCCAAAGAGUCAGCAGGGUUUGUGUUUCUGGAUUGCCAAUAAGGAUGCUUAAUCUUAACAAUACCCACUGCUGUCAAGUCGGUUCCAACUCUUAGUGACCCUAUAGAACAGGGUAGAACUGUCCCAUAGGAUUUCCAAGGCUGUAG